CAAAAGUGUCAAUGUGAUAUCCAAAGACCUAUUUUAAUAUCAACGUGAUACUUCCGUCCAAAAUCUCAAACAACGGCAGUCUGUUUGCUGACGUGAUAACACUAAGUUUGCUGUAGCACCCAGUGUCACAGACUCACAGAGCAUCAAGCUUUUAUCGAACGGUGCAUUUUGGACUCCCACCGCCUCCGCGACCAUGAAAGGCAAGGGGACGGUGACGCCUCUCUCCUCCAUCUUCUCAGUGGAAGACACACAGAAAGCAGCGAAGCGCGUGCAGGACACGAUCGCCCAAAAGGACCUCGAGCUCGACCACCUCCGUGGCUUCGCCGCCGACAACACAGACCUCAUUAACCUCGUGUCCCGACUCCCCGAACACCUCCACCACGACAUUAUGGUUCCAUUUGGGAAGGCAGCAUUUUUCCCAGGGCGUUUGGUGCACACCAAUGAGUUUAUGGUUCUACUGGGAGAAAGUUACUACGCCGAAAGGACCUCGAAGCAAACAGUAGAUAUUUUGAACAGGAGAGGGAAGGUGUUGGAGUCCCAAGUCGAUUCACUUAAGGCCAUGGUUCAGGAUCUCAAAGCUGAGGCUUCCUUUUUCAAUGCUACUUGCGCCGAAGCGGUGGAGGGCCUUGUAGAGAUAAUGGAAGAUUAUGAGGAGGAAAGUUCUUCUGAUAGAGAAUGUGCAUUCAAGCAAGAUUCUCCUAAUAAUUCUGGAGCUGUAAUUGCAAAACCUGCUGAUGAAGAUGAAGAAUUUGCUCGUAUGAUGGCCAGGAUGGAUGAACUUGAGAAAGAAGAACGUGAAGCUGAAAGUCAGAUGACACAAAGUGAUGAGGAUGAGCAAGUUCAGCAUGGUUUGCAUCAGCUUUCUGAUCAGAAAUCUCUCCAUGGGAAUCUCAAAAUUUCGGAGUACCAGUCAAGGAAACCUCCAGAGCAGACAAAAGAUGGAGUUGCUUGUAAUGAAGAUAGUUUUACUGAUGUGCCAAGUUGUUCGGGUCUGGAAUCUAUAUCUGACGAUAAAGUAUCACAUGAAAAUAUAUUGGGCUGUGAUGUAAAAAGUGUUGCUGAGAAAGAUUUGGCGUCUCCAGUAGUUGAGAAUGUUCAGACUGUGCCUUUAUCAAGAAGUCAGGUUUCUCUUGAAAGUUCAAAACCAAAAUUUGACCGGGAGAAAGCUUUUACAGGUUCUAUUGUUGAGCACACUGAUAAUCUUCAGAUAAAAUCAAGGGAAAGAACUACGGCUACAUCACAGUCCUCUGCUUAUCAAGUUUCAAAGCCGGUUUCAAGAUUCAAGAUGCAGAGAAAGUAGUUGCCUAUAAUAUUAGAGAUGUAAUUGUGGAAGUGGCCACAAUUCAAGGGUCAUUUUGAAUCCAACUGUAACAUAGAUACGAGGUUAAAUAGUUUACCUUUGUUGAAAAUGAUAUAGAUUCAUCCUUUUAGUUUAUAUAUACCAAUGAAAUGUUUGCAGUUGA